AUCGAUUAACGGGGUCUGUCAGCGGCAGCCUGGAUCGAGGUAGAUCGACUCGAGUCGGAGCGAGCGCUGCCACAAAGCGGAAUUUUAAAAUACGACGGCCUCGACUAGCACAAGUAACUGCUGUCGGAAGGUCGCCAAGUCUCUUAGUUGUUCUCUUAGCUCGUGUACUGGACUGUACAUUUACCGGGGGACGGUUUUUGCCUACCUGAUAAAGGAGGUAUGUGUUGCGUCGAAAGGAGGACUCUGAGUUCCUGCGUCUAGGGCUCACACGAAGGGAUCUCGCCAUAAUCAGGUGUGAAUCAUCCGUGAAAAUGCUUUGGAGAAGAGUGGAUUAUUUCUUUCUUUAAAGACGAGAUUUAUUCUGAAGAAACCAACCUUGCAUUAUAGUGCCCAGCUCACACUAUCCCCUGUACUUUCGAUGUAAACCGCUACUUUGAGCAGCAAUAUGAAGGGUCAGCCGAGUGUGCUUUUCCUAACUACUAAACUUUUUUUCAAAGUAUAGUAUUUGCUAUUGGCCUGAGGGGUCUGUUGUGUUAUGUACCAUUUGCUCUGCCUGUACCAUUUUAAAAGCAGCUGGUCCCUGGCAUAACUACAGCCCAGCGCAGUCUUUGGAUAUGAAAUAACUCAGGCUUCCUCUGCAUUAAACCGGAAACGUUCCCUGAACGAUGUAAUUGCCUUAAGUUUGUGUUUCUGAUGCUGCCAUGUGACUGGAAGUAGCUCCCCACAUUCGCCCCGCAUCAGCUUCACAACUUUUUUAAAUGAGGUGAAUGAAGGUUUUUUUUUCCGGUGGUUUCUGUCAAGUGGGUAAGUGGUUUCUCCCCUCCCCCUUUUUCUUUUUCAUUUUUUUUUUUUCCUCUGCAUGUGUGGUGGCAGAGAUUAAAAUGAGUCGGUGAAAGAGUGUCACGCCUUCAGAGCUAGCACACUGUGCGGCUGUCAGAGCUUCAGCUCCCUGCCACGGGCACUAGAGGGCAGCAGUGCCCUCAGACACCGCGGGCCGUAUCAUACAGUGGUCCCAUUUCUGCUGUUGCCCAGGAAUAUAGCAAAGCACAGUGCAGUCUUUUUCUGUCAGGGUUUAGCGGGAGACCCAGCGCUAAUGGCAUUUUGAGCAGCCGUUUUGUGCAGGGCUGCCAUUCAUCCCGUUUUCACGCCCCUCGUCCCCUCCCCCACCCACCACUGCUACACUGUGCCCCGAGACGCAAGACUCUGUCAUCCAGUUGACGGUCCAGCACCCCCUACCUUCUGCUGGCCGCCACAGACUGCUCACUCGUGGACCGCAGUGCGUGCCACUGCAUUUUGCUGGGGCCCCGGCGGCCCCUGCUUUUGGGACCUCAGCUGGACCCGUGAUACCUGACCGGGAACAAGGAAGAGGACGCCCCUGAACCUCAGAGCCCGGAACUCUGGAUUCUGGCCAUGAGGUUUGACGCCUCGAUCGUCUGACUGGAGACACUGGACCUAAAUGGCGCAGCAUGACUUUGUUCCUUCCUGGCUUAAUUUUUCUACGCCCCAAUCAGCCAAGAAACAUGGGGAGCCCCUCGGCCGUGGAGAUGGGAGGCACCGAGUCAGUCGGCGUCGCCACAACUCCUCUGACGGCUUCUUCAACAACGACCCACUGAAGGCUACGGCGGGUGAUGGGUGGCACCAACCGUCACUCCUGCGCCACGACUCUGUGGACUCCGGUGUGUCGAAGGGCAGUCAGAGCGGACUGGCUGGCGCGUCGGCCUCCGUCUGGCAGGGGGCGGCGUGGCCCCAGGAGGCGUCUGUGUCUCAUCACCACCACCAUGGCCGGCACCCUAAACGAGGAGGAGGGGACCGGGACAGGGACCGGGACCGGGACAGAGACCGUGCUGCUGGACACCGGCAACGCAAUGGCAACUUCAACCCCCGCAAGGGCAACUCCAUCCAGGAGAAGGUCUCAGAUGAGGAGAACAAGGAGGACAGACUGAAGUUUGUCGAGGAAGACUUUCCCUCCCUGAAUCCUGAAGCUGCCGGAAAGCAGACGAGCCAGGCCCGCGUGCCGGGGACACCCUCAGGAGUCUGGGAGAACCCGCCCAGCGCCAAGCAGACGGUCUCCAAGAUGCUGGUCAUUAAGAAGGUUUCGAAGGAGGACCCUGGCGCAGCCUUCUCCGCCGGGUUCGCCAGCACCGGACCCUUUCCUGUCAACGGCUCCAAGGCUCCCGGUGCAACCCAGAGCGUUUACAAGACCCUGGUUCCCAAACCAGCAGCAGCCCCUAGCAAGACUGGCCCAUGGAAACCCAAUGGAAGAGACACCAAAUCGGGUUUACAUUUCUCAGGCCGGGACUCUGCCUUCACUAGCCCUGUCCUUGUGACCAAACCCAUGACCCCAGUCAGCACCCCGGUCCAUACAGCAACCAAGGAGCCUCCCUCCAGCAUCACACCCCUGGCAGACAGCACCCCCUCACGCCUCAAGCUGAUGCGACGCGGCGGCACCGACCGCAAGAGUGAGUUCUUGCGAGCGUUGAAGGACGAGUCGAACGGAGAAGAGGCCACCUGCUAUGGUCCUGGAGUCUCUGCAGAGAGUGACGGUGGAACUCCAGAGCCCAAGGAGCAGAGCGAAGAGUUCUGCCAGGAGAAUGGAAUCGCUCACUCCUUCAGCGACUCGGACACAGAGCACCUGUCCAGCUCUCUGGAAGCGGAGCACAGGUUAUUGAAGGCUAUGGGCUGGCAGGAGUACCCAGAGAAUGAUGACAACUUCCAGCCCCUGACUGAGGAAGAACUAAAGGAAUUUAAGGCUAGAACAGAGCAGCUGAAGAGGAACGGCCUGGAGAAGAACGGGGCGCUGGUGAAGCCCGUGGCCCCUUCCCUGUCCUUCUGUCCCUGGAAGAGUCCCAGAAAUGCCGGCUUAACCGAGAGCUCGGAGUCGGAGACCAGCAGCAGCCAGACUUCUGACGACGACACCUGACGGAGCUCCGGGCGGCGCCUCCUCCGUUUAGUACACAAUCUGCAUUUGUGUGCGCAUGCGUGCACGAGUGUGUGGGUGCGCGCGUGUCUCCCCCCCCCCCCCCCCCCGCCCUUCACACAAGGGAAAUCCAAUCAUAUCUCAGCAAAGAAAAACAGAAUACCAGCUUGUGUAGCUGUUCAUCCUUUACUUUUGCUUUCAGUAGUUCCGUACUUCUGCUUAAUGAGUUUUUUUUUUUUUUCUUUUUCUUAUUUGGAAAACGGCCGCAGACGUAAGCUCCCGUACAACUGAAACAUAAGUCAUGUGACAAAUAAACACGAAUGAUGUGGGAUCCCCAAGAACCGAAACGUUGGCCGCAGUAUCUGGCUCCUGCAUCUUUUAUUUUUAUUUUGGGGAAAAACUUCCUAGUGCCUGUGACCAGAUGCACAAUCAUACUUUUGAUUUAUUAAUAUAUUGACGUUGCUGCCCUGUGGUACUCGUUUCAGACACGUCACUGCCUAAGGAUGUUUCUGGCUGUGGUAAUCAAUGGCAGGGCCACCCCCACCCCACAUCAUGCUGUUCCGUACAGUAUGGCAGCUAACGAAUGAGAAUUUUUGCUGUCUGUUUGCCUGCCAGGUAUUUACUUGAGGCUGCGUUCAGUCCUGUUUUGUUAUUCGGUUUUCAUCAUAAAACUGCUUUGUGACGUGUUUGGGUGUUUGGGUACUUUUUGCUGCCCAUUUAACAAGAGGUUCUCUGCUCUUAUUCAGCCAUUUUGUGAAUUUCCAGGUUCCUGAAAGUAACUGAGAUUCUGCAGUUGAUCUCUCGUUCUGUAGCCUAACAAUCAUUACUGUGAUGACCAGUCAUUAAAUCUGGCCUGUUGGCAGGUUCUGCUAAGCAGCAGGGAGGCCCUGGUGGUAGUGGAGCAGUGGGGGGGGGGGGUCAUUGAGUGAGAUCACUGCAAGGAGAAAACUGUGUGUGUAUUUUGAAUGUAUCCUUUUAGGAACUGGUGAAAUUUCUUGAAAUGCUGCUACUAGCAGUUCUAAAAAAAUUCCUGAAUCCUUCAGUUUGGAAAUGAUGUGGAUAUAAUAAAUAAUUUAAAAUUUAAUUUUUGACUUAUAAAACCAAAGAGAGAGACUACACGCGUUAUAACACUGUCCAAAUGAGUCUGUGAUGUUGAAUGUGAUCUGCAGUAACACUUCCUCAUUGCGGACUGAUCUUUACCCGAGCGAAUGGGGAUCCGCCCGUGACCGUAGUGGCUUCCUCUCGCCUGAUUUCCUCCGGCACUCCACUGGCUUCUGUCGCGCCGUUUCGACAAACCACAACAAUAAUAAGAUGUUGUAGACUCUUAAUGCUCGUCAGAGUCAAAAUAAUUCCAGCUGCUAAGAUUAAAAGUGCAGCUCAAUGCUAAUCUUUUUUUUUUUCUUCCAAUGUAUCAUUGUUAUUGAGGGACUGCUGUUUUAAAUUAUGCUAAUUGCCAGUUUCAUUUUGUACUUUGAUUUCUCACAAGAUGUAAAAGGCUUUAUCGCAAACCUAAGUUUCUUUUAAAUUUUUUUUUUGUUUGUUUUGUUACAGCUGUUAAAAAAAUCAGUUUUUGCAUUUGUUCUGUUUCUGCAGCCUUGAUAUUCAGGGUGGAUUGUAAGAUAUUGAAAAUUUUAAAAAGACUUCGAAGAUUAAGAUUAUUUUCAUAACAUUAUUUACAGAUUUGAAAAGCAAAAGGUUGCCAUGUAUGGAAUUAUACAUUUAAGAAGUAAAAAAAAACGUACUACUGCAUCUAAAAUAAAUUGUAAUAAAUAUUUUGCAUCGGUUUGCCAAA